UCGCCACGCGCAAGCGCUGUUUAGCUUUAGCUUCUAGCAAUGGCGUCCUCCUUUGCAGUGUGCAGGUUACAUAUGAGGGGACGGGGCAGCCCGGUGAAGUGCUUACAGAGGCUCGAUACAUUUCUUCUCAGAAGUAUCGGAACAAACGUUGUUGCUGCGCAAGCUGAGCCAACACGAAAGGACGAAAGUGAUGAAAAGGAAAAGGAUGGGCCCAAGUCAUUAUAUGCUGUCCAGACAGAGAGGCAAGAACAAGCAGAGAGAUCUGUUCUUGUUAGCUGCAACUCCAGAACCACUGAGAAGAAGUUCCUCAAGUAUUUAUCUAGACAUGGUGAUAUCAAGAAACACUUCUUCUAUGAAAGCUAUGGCAUAUAUGCUGUUGUAGAGUUUGCCAACCGGGAAAGUAUUACCUCUUUACUUGAAAGAGCUGCUAUCCCCACAGUCAGCCAUGAGUCCGUGGUGCCUUUUAAAUCAAGACUGCUGUCACUGAAUAAUCUCAGCCAGCAGACUCACCAAACCAACAGUUUGGCCCAGUGCCAACCACAAACUACCCCUCCAAUCAAUGAACUCAUACAGAGACUGUCCAAAGAGGAGAGUAUAGACCAACAGAUAAUCUCCCUGACAGAAGCCUAUCAGCUAACAGAGGAGAACAGCAGGCUGCGUUUUCUUGUCUGCUCUCUGCUCAAGGACAUUGCUGCUGCUUAUUUCCCAGAAUGCACCAUCAGGCCAUUUGGCUCAUCAGUGAAUGGCUUUGGAAAGCUGGGCUGUGAUCUGGACAUGUUUCUGGACCUGGAUGGCAUCAGUGGAAGGAAUUUGAAGAUGCCAAAAUCAGGUCUUUCACUAGAGUACCAGAUGAAGAGGGCCAACUCAGAGCGCGCUGUCACCCAGAGCAUCCUGUCCGUCAUUGGGGAGUGUGUGGAGCAGUUUGGGGCAGGGUGCGUGGGGGUGCAGAAGAUUCUCAACGCCCGAUGCCCCUUGGUGCGUUUUGCCCACCAGCCCUCUGGCUUUCAAUGUGACCUCACAGCCAACAACAGGGUGGCGAUGAAAAGCACAGAGCUGCUCUACCUGUAUGGAGAGCUGGACCAGAGGGUGCGUUGCCUUGUGUUCACUGUGCGCUGCUGGGCCCGAGCUCACGGCAUCACCAGCAGCAUCCCAGGGGCCUGGAUCACCAACUUCUCCCUCACCGUAAUGGUGCUGUUUUUCCUACAGAAGAGGAGCCCUCCCAUAAUCCCCACACUGGACCAGCUCAGAGACCUUGCAGGUCCCGCGGACAAGAGCGUGAUUGAGGGGAACGACUGCACGUUUGUCAGCGACUUCAGCAAGAUCCCGCUCCACAGCAACACUGAAACACUAGAGGAACUGCUGCAUGGAUUCUUUGAGUUCUACAGCACAUUUGCAUUCAGCAGGAUGUCCAUAAACAUCAGAAAGGGCAAAGAGCAGAACAAGCCAGAAGUGGCCCCGCUACACAUCCAGAACCCGUUCGAAACCUCUCUGAAUGUAAGCAAGAAUGUCAACGCCACCCAACUAGACCGCUUUGUGGCUUUGUGUCAGGAGAGUGCCUGGCUAUUCCAGCAGAUUGAAACCAACACACCCAGAGGUCUCGGGGGGAACGACACUUCCACACCUUGGGGACUGGCUAGCAUCCUCCUGCCCUUAAACGUUGCAGGGGUCAAAAGUCGCAAGAAAAAGAGACAUGAGCCUGCCAGUGAAAGGAUCAAAAGCUUGUUAGAGUCCUUGAAGAAUAAAAAUCAUCAAAAGAAGAGCUAAGACUCCUUGAGAAUCUCAGAACCAACCUCCAUCUUGUCAUUGUUUUUCAUCUAAUGCACUGCUGUUGCUGACUGAUAGCUCACGUAGGAGAUGGGGAGAGAGCAAGGACAUCUCCUGCAGUGGUUACUUCUGCUGGACUGUAGUUCCCAACAUGAACACUGGAGGGUAUUACUGAGCCCGGUAUGUGCAUAUUAGAGACCUGAAAUUAAGGGAGUGGUUACUGUAUACUUCACUGUAGACUUACCUACUCUGUUGUAAAUUAAAGGCAAUACCGUGGAAACUGAAGCAAGUCCUACCAGAAGCUCACGCAGGAGACUUUAGAUUGUCAUUAGAUUACUCUGUUUUGUUAAUACUACAACAUGUAAUGAAAUAAUCAACCUUUUACUGUAGACUGAAAACACUGGUGUUGGUUAUUAUGGGGACUCAAAACUGAAAAAGGCAGCCAAAGAAUAUCUGAUGCAUCAAAAUAUAAGUAACGCCAUCUGUAAAUGUGUUAGAGAAUUACAAAGGGUAUAGAAAGAAACAUAAAACUUAAACUUCUCCUCAAUUGCAAAUUAAUUUUUUUAAGAGGAAAAAAAAUGAAAGCUGUAUUAUUUGACUCCUAUUUAUCAGUAGCUUUUUUUUUAGACUCCUGAUUUCACAUCACACUAGAACAGUUACAGAACUUUAUUGCUUGGUAGCUUACCUAGAAACACUGAACACUGCCAGCCAUAGCUACCUAGCUGAAGCUAACUUUCAUUAACUCUUGUAUGAGUAGGUAAAGCAUUUUAGUGGGCAAGCAAAUGGUAACAAGCCCCUAUUAACUAUUCACAGACACUAUGCAUAUGUUAUCUCUCAUUAGUUGCCACCAUAGUGUUUUUUUUUUUUAACUGAAGUGAAGUGUAGUAUCUGUGGUAACUGAGCAAGUUUCAGUCAGCCAACAGCCAAGAUGCUCAAUCAGAAAAUGUCAUUUGACGUGACAUUGUUGUCAUUGUCAUUGCAAAAUGCUUUAGUUACUUUAUACCACGACACUGCAGUAGUACACAGUAUGGAUGAUGAUCAUAAAGAUUGGCUGAUGUA